AUGGCCGCGCGGGUGAGUGCAAGCGGCCCCACGGUGCGGCUCCGGAGGAGGGCGGGCUCGGACACGGCGGUGAGCACCGGCCUCCUGGCUCCGGUCGCCUGGGCCGGGCGAGGGGAGGGCGUCCGCGGAGAGGAGACGUGCCCCGCCCGAGAGCAGCCCGAGGUCGGAGGGCCGGUGGCCCUUUGCCCCGUGCGCCCGGGUCCUGAAGUCCCUGCUCUGGGGCAGGGCCGUCGGCGUCUAGCAGGGGGAAAGCCCCACGACCAACAGUGUUCCCUCUAUUUGACUUUCCAGGGGUCUGUGACCUUCGAGGAUGUAGCUGUGACUUUCACCCAGGAGGAGUGGGGACAACUGGACCCAGCUCAGAGGACCUUGUACCAGGAGGUGAUGCUGGAAAACUGUGGGCUCCUGGUCUCACUGGGGUAUCCUGUUCCCAAACCUGAGCUGAUCUUCCAGCUGGAGCACGGGCAGCAGUUGUGGACAGUGAUGAUAGACCUCUUUCAGAGCACCUGUCCAGGUGACAGUGGAAAACCUCAGGCCACCGAACCUACUGCUUGUGAGCCAGCCUUGUCUGAGGGUGCCUCACUCCAGGGACUGUUAACACAAGGGGCCUCAGGGUGCUCCCAGGUGGUGGCAGCCAGAGGUCAGGAUGGGCCAUCAGCAGUGCAGGAAGGACUCUUGAGACCAGGUGUAGAGCUGCAGGAGAAGCUUCCUGGGAAAAGUAUCCCUAGACCUGGUGGUUCAGGGGCAGCCAAGGACACACAUUCAAGGAUGGUACAGGAAGAGGAGGAAAACAUCUUCAAAUGCAGUGAAUGUGGGAAGGUGUUUAACAAGAAACACCUUCUUGCUGGACAUGAGAAAAUCCACUCUGGAGUGAAGCCCUACGAGUGCACGGAGUGUGGGAAGACCUUCAUCAAGAGCACGCACCUCCUGCAGCACCAGAUGAUCCACACGGGAGAGAGGCCCUACGAGUGCACAGAGUGUGGGAAGGCGUUCAACCGCAGGUCCUACCUCACCCAGCACCAGCGCAUCCACAGUGGGGAGAAGCCCUACAAGUGCAGCGAGUGUGGGAAGGCCUUCACCCACCGCUCCAAUUUUGUCUUGCACAGCAGGAGACACACUGGAGAGAAGUCCUUUGUGUGCACUGAGUGUGGGCAGGUCUUCCGGCACAGGGGAGGUUUCCUCAGGCACUAUGUGGUCCAUGGUGGGGAGAACCCCUAUGAGUGUUUUGAGUGUGGCCAGGUCUUCAAGCACAGGUCCUACCUCCUGUGGCACCAGCAGACUCACACGGGCAAGGAGCCCUACGAGUGCAGCGAGUGUGGGAAGGCCUUCCUGGAGAGCGCGGCCCUGAUCCACCACUACGUCAUCCACACCGGGGAGAAGCCCUUCGAGUGCCUCGAGUGUGGGAAGGCCUUCAACCACAGGUCCUACCUCAAGAGGCACCAGCGCAUCCACACCGGGGAGAAGCCCUUCGUGUGCAGUGAGUGUGGGAAGGCCUUCACCCACUGCUCUACGUACAUUUUACAUAAAAGGGCCCACACUGGAGAAAAACCCUUUGAGUGCAAAGAAUGUGGGAAAGCCUUUAGCAAUCGAAAAGACCUCAUUCGCCACUUCAGCAUCCACACUGGGGAGAAGCCCUACGAGUGUGUGCAGUGUGGGAAGGCCUUUGCCCGCAUGUCAGGCCUCACGAGGCACAAGCGGAUUCACAGUGGGGAGAAGCCCUAUGAAUGCAUCGAGUGUGGGAAAUCCUUCUGCUGGAGCACAAACCUCAUCCGGCAUGCCAUCAUCCACACUGGAGAGAAGCCCUAUAAGUGCAGCGAGUGCGGAAAGGCCUUCAGCCGCAGCUCAUCCCUCACCCAGCACCAGAGGAUGCACCGUGGGAGAAACGCUGUCAGCGCAGCAGAGGAGGGGCCCCCUUUCCCAAGUGCUCACGCCUCCGUCACCCUCCGAGAACUCCUUAUGGGAAAGGACUUUUUGAAUGUAACCACCAAGAGAAAUCUACUGCCAGAGGAAACAUCGUCCUCAGCCUGUGAUCGUUCAUACCAAAGAGAAACCCCUCAGGUGUCUUCACUGUGAGGAAUGUCAUGUGUCACCUGAAGACUCAGUUGGAAAUGGGUUGAGAGUUCAUCCAGGAGAGACCUAGUGGUUUCAAGCACACAGGACGAUCUUCAGCUGCGCCUUCCUCCUCGUUUACGGUGCAGUGUUAUCUCAGGAACUGUUUCUAAAAGGAGGGAUGUAGAAGAAGAUGAAAUGCAAACACAGGGCCCUGGAUUUGACAUUUUCCAUCUUGACAUCGCUUCCAGGACCUCCUUCCAAGACCUCCAGUCUUGCAGGGACUUUUGUGGAGUUCAGCUUCCAGGUCAGGCCCUCGAACCUCAGGGCUCCGUCCCCUCUUUCCUGGCCUGGUGUGACGUCUUGCCUCUCAGAUGGCGGCUGCCCUUGUUGGAGUUGCUCACCGCUGCAGUGCUGGGAGGUCCCAGGCCCAGCUGGGGAGAAGACCCUCAUUCCUCUGCUUUUCCUCUAGAUUUAGAUCGUUGUCCCUCUCAUAUUUCACAUGAACGAGUCUCAGAAAGGAGAACUUGUGUCGCAUUUCUAUCAGUUGCUGAGAGAGCCCUGUUGAUGUCUUGAACUGUAAUUGGGGGAUUGUGUAUUCUGCAUUAGAUUUCUGUCCCUGGGUCA